UGAUUGGGUCAAUGCCCUCAGUUUGUGUGGGAAUGAAACAAUUGCUCUGGUUGGUCACUGACUAGCGGAUCUACGCUCAGCGCUGGUUGGCUGGUGGUACUGCCACUCGUGUCCUAGUUACUAACCCAAUAUAAAUAAAGUCUGCAAGGCAAGCAAUUUUUGGUUCAGAUUCAGGAGAUAGUUAGAGAAAGAGAAGCAGUGUGAUCGCUGACUUGGAAGCUACCUUUAAGAAUGCAGUGUAAAAAAUACUAAUAUAUAUAUAUUCAUUUUGACAAGGCUAAAGUUCUCCGAAAUAAGUUAUAUUGCUUAAAAUGUGUAGCAACUUUAAGCAUAGGAUUUGCACAUUUAUAUAAAUUAUUUGACCAAUCAAAAUUCUAGUUCAAUUUAUGUUAUUUUAUUGUAAAUAAGUUUUGCUUCUAAGUGUUUUGUUUUUAAACCAUAGCCUUGAUUUUAAUUUGACGCUUAUUUUAUAAGUUAACUGUGAACUUGUUAACAAUAUUGAAGACUGGAAACAAGCGUCGUAUAUGAUUAAUUGGUAAAUCGUUGGCGUGUGUUUGGAGCCAGAAUGGAAUUCGAUCAAGUACUCGCUGAUUUUAGCCCCAGCAGCAGAAGGCCGGACUGUGUCACGGGGAUUUCUUCGCUAUCACUACCCGGGAUCGGAGCCAUGAGCUCGGCCUGCGUUAAAACUCUCUAUUCUCCGGAGCUUGCUGGCGUGCUGUCCCCUGUUGCCAAUCUGGCCCUCAACAUGAACAACCUAGCUGUCCUCGGAAGCCAGUGCGACACCCCGAAGAGACGAACCAAUGUCCCUCUCAAGAUGCCAUCCUUUGCCUCCGACACUUCCGAUGCAGGUCUGUGUCUGGAUUCUCCAAGCCCCAUAGACCCCAUUGAUUAUGAGGAAGCGUUUGAGAAAGCUAUCUUGGAGUCUGGCAAAGUGAUCAAAGAUAACAAGGUCCCUAUCAGAAGAAUAAACUCCCUCCCGAUGAGGUUGUUAGGCUCUAGCCCUGCUCUCAAAGGCAAAGAUUCUGAAUCCUCAGAUUUCGGAGUCUUCGGUGUUCAACGCGAUGAGGUCUCCAGAGGCAACAAGGAGAAUAUGCAGGAGGGGUUUGAGUUCAAGAAGCCGGCUUGCCCGGUGUCUCGCUGCCGGCUGCGCACCUUCAAUGGAGGAGAAGGCAAGGAGGCAUUUGCUCAACGGCCCAGUUCUGCCCCUGCUCUUAUGUUCUCGCCUCCCCCUGUGAAACAGAAAUGUCUCAUGGAUGACAACAGUCCCGUGCUCCUCCGGCGAUCCUCGUUAACCUGCUCCUUCAACGACGAGGAUGACGAUGGAUUCCUAGACAUUAUGGAUGACGAUGUAGAGAAUGAUGUGGAUGUGCCCACUGGAAUGGCCAGCCUGUUAACUGCUCCACUGGUUCGCAAGAAGGAGGAGGAGGAAGAAGCGGACUGUGUGCUGCUCAUCCACAGCCGUCCCCGCAGUCUGUUCCGCUCGCCCUCGCUGCCUUGCUCGGCCACACGACCGGCCUUGAAGAGGCCAGAGAGACCCCGAGAUGAGAACACCCCGGUGAAGAUCAAGAGAAGGAAGAGUCUGGCGGGGUCUGUGGCCAGGGAGGAAGACAAGGAGGAAGAUGCACAAGUGAAGUCUCAUUUUCUUCAGAGGUCCAAGUCCUUCUGUGAGAUUGAGUUGCUGUUGGACAAUGAUAUGAAGGAGCUGAUUGGAGAUUUCACCAAGCCCUUUGUUCUACCUACAGUGGACGGGAGGCACCAGGAUUUGAAGUACAUAACCUCUGAAAUGAUGGUGGCAGCUCUGAAUGGGGAGUUUGAUGAUCGGGUGGAACGCAUUGUGAUAAUAGAUUGCCGCUAUCCCUACGAGUUUGAAGGCGGGCACAUCAAGGGAGCUGUGAACCUGCACAUGGAGGAGCAGGUGGAGGAUUACUUGCUGAAGUGCCCCCUUACACUCUCCACCCCGGAGAAGCGCCUGGUGCUAGUCUUCCACUGCGAGUUCUCCUCUGAGCGUGGCCCGCGCAUGUGCCGUUUCGUGAGAGAGAAGGACAGGAUGAUGAACCUGUACCCAAACCUGCACUACCCCGAGCUCUACAUCCUCAAGGGUGGAUACAAAGAGUUCUUCCCCAAAUUCCAGAAUCAAUGCAGGCCGCAGAGCUACAGGCCGAUGCACCACGAGGACUUCAAGGAAGACCUGCGCAGGUUCCGUCUGAAGAGCCGCACCUGGGCGGGCGAGAGGAGCAAGAGGGACCUUUACAGCCGGCUCAAGAAGCUCUGAGUUUCAGAACCUUUAUUUAGCUUUGGAAUGUAAAUGGGUUGGGCUGGUUCCACCUAUGCACUACAGUUAAUGCUGCCCCCCAUCAUGGCAGACUGAUCUCUGGCUGAGGGUCAAUUUUAAGAAUUUCGGGGGUGGGGGUCGCGUCGCUUCACUUUGUUCAAGGAUCCCGAAGAAGUCAGUUUUGCUGCUGCAUUGCCUUCCUCCAAAGGGCACUACAGUGAUUCCUGAUCCAAUGAUUUUGCCACUUGUAAAUGAGGACCACCGUUCAUGGCAUACACGUUACUAGUGUCUUAUUUUGUCACAAACUCCAGGAUUUCCGCUGCCAAGUAUGAAAGGGCAGUGCGUGUGUGGAUAGUAAGCAGGAUCACAGCUUUGAAAACUACCUUGAUGAAAAUGCAGGAGAUCCCCAAAGAAAGGGUCUGUAUUCCACACUGCUGUGUGAUUGACUUGAACUCCUAUGCCUUGUAAACCGGAGGUGAGGAUACUUAAAGAAAAUUGACGACACUGCGAUGUCUCGUUCCCAGACAUGCCAGUUGAUCUGCUGUUAAGUGGCAUUUUCUUGUUCUCUGCAGUAUCUGACAUUACCUCAUUUGACUUGACUGGGUUGGAUUCCUAAGCCCCCUUUGUAUGAAACAUGACCACAUGAACCCUCCUACCGUUGCCUGCAUUUGUGUGGGAUAAAUGGGACCCAAGAUAUUGGAAACCUGUUUCUUUUGGGAUGACCCAGCCAGAGACACCUUAAGCUACAUGUUUCUGUAUCUGACAACACUACAUCCCAGCUGUGUUGUAGUUCAGUCUCUCUCGCUCUCUCCCCCAACUCUGAAGCCAUGCUCCAGGUGCCUGUGACUGCAUCUUGGUUACUUUCCAAUAGCCAUGCUUGACACAUACAUACACAACUAGCAGUGUUUUAUUUUAUGAAUCCCAAUUUUAAACUAACCAUUAUAAAAAUAAUUGACUAUGGAUAAACUGCAGUCUUGCAAGAUGGAACAAGCCCCAACAAGUCCCCUCCCCCAUAUAACCUCCGUUCCUAUUUGUCUGACUUCAAGCACUUGUUUUAAAUCGUCUUGUGUUCACUCAAGUUGCGGCUGGUUUGCAACAAUAUUGUGUGUGGUGUGUGGUUUUUUUUGUUUUUUAUUGCCCUUAACUUUUUUUUUUUUUUU